CUCGAGCCAGAUCCAGCAAACAUAAAUAUAGAAGAAAAAAAUCUCCACCUUUCGAAACAACCUUUUCCCCUCUCCUCUUCUUUAUUCUUUCGUCAUGGCCGGGCAGAUCGAUAUCGAUGACCAAGCUUCAUUCACCAACCUCGGCCCUGGAGAAGUCCUCGAUUCCAUCCCCGACGAAGCUGAUUCAGGGUUUCAUCCUCUCUCCGCCGACGGACUUGUCCCUAUCUCACAGGGCAACCCCGAAUACAACAUCAUCACUGCUUGCUUUCUCGCCGGCCUUGGUCCGCUGGCCGACGGCACCGCAAUCGUAUCGGUGCUCAAGAACUCUACGGGUAGCUGCUCCACUAAAGCGAAGUUUAUAGCGUUUAGGGCUUUCAUGGAGGCGGUUGCGAGGAAGAACGGCGGCGUGGCAAACGUCAAGUACGGUUGGUUUCCCGGUUCCAAGGAGGAAAUCAAAAGGAUAAUUUCGCUCGGUUUCAGCGGUCGUGAGGUCGAGAAAUUCGCCAACGAAGCUACGUCUCACGGAGUUGGGGUUCAUCUUGUCCCUUCGAAUAUCCCUUUAGCUGCGGCGUUAGGUGCAGAGCCGGACGAGGAGGGAUUGAGGCAUCUUCUGUUGUGCCGUGUAAUCCAGGGGAACCCGGAGAAAAUAGUGUCCGGCUCAAGGCAAAUGUACCCAAGUUCCUCUGAAUUCCACUCUGGUGUGGAUGAUCUUCUAAGCCCCCGCCAUUACAUUAUCUGGAGUUGUUCCAUGAAUGCCUACCUCCUCCCCAGUUACGCUGUCACUUUCAGGUCUCCUCAUCUCAUUCCCAGAGGUAUUGGACUAUGCCCGAGGCCAGGCUCGACGUGGGUUAGCUUUGCUGCGCUGCUGUCCAUACUCUCUGAGUCGCUGGACCCACCGAGAAUGAACAUGAUCUUGAAAACCUAUUCUGAAUUCAGGAGACGGGAGGUGAGGAGAGACAAGCUGGUGCGGAAGAUGAGAGAAGUGGCAGGUGACGAUCUUCUCAAGCACAUCAUCAAGAGAUACAGAGGCGCUGACAGAGUUAUUACGUGAAAGGUUCCAUCUUUUCUUUUCUUGUUACGGAAGGAGCUUGAUCUUGAAAACAUGGCGAUGCAUAGAAUGGUGAAUAGAGCGAAGAUUAUGCGAGGAUCGGGUGGCACCCUUGGGUGGGAUAUUACAUUAUUAAUGGUGGAGUUUGGGUUUUUUUUUUUUUUUUUCUAUUUACCAUAACAAAACACAAUAUAUAGUUGCUUAUGUUUUUUUUUACUUCUUAAAGAUUGAGUGUCCCA